AAAGUAUCACAGGUAAUAGGAUAUUCCUUGGAACCAACAUGACCGAUGCUGCCAACCAGCGCAGGUACGGCCGCCGGUGUUUUCCAUCCGUUCAUACAUGCUGUGUAAAUACCUCGUAACGUUAGCGGGGAAUCGACGAGAUGGUCGGGCGGAUUCACAGAGGCAGAACUGCAGGCAGCUGCCUUCCGACGCCGCAUGAAGGAAGGCGGCGCGAAAGAAGUGGUCGAGUUACAGAAGGAGAAGAAAGCCAAGAAGGCCAAAAAGGCCAAGAAGUCCAAGAAGAAGCAUCGCCGUGAGGAAAAGGAUGAAUUUGGACGUGAUAUUCUACCGGGAUUCACGCCACCAACGCCGCGGUCCCCGUCAGAGUGCUCACGGUCAAGCUCUCCGCCGCCGGACCCCGUGCGACCAGACUUGGAUGAACAGCGGCAUAAUAUCAAGCGACAAAGACGUCCAGUGAGUAGUCGAAGCCCCGUCCGUGGUCGAAGUUUCGAUCGAAGUCGCAGCCGCGAGCGAAUCUCACGUAGGCGGAGUCGAAGCCGCAGCCGCAGUCGCAGCAGAGGACGACGACUGGACGUGACCAAGAAAUCGUGGACACACGACGCGUAUUUCAACCGCAGCCCCAGCCCCAUCCGACAAGUGGAUCCGUUCUACAAGCCCAAUCCAGAAUCCUGGGUGUCCCGCGCCGGCGGGGUCUACCUUCCCAAGAAGUAGGUCUCUAACUGCUGCUAAACAAGCCCUAUUGUUUGCAUUGAUCA